GUUUAGUAAGUGUCAUUAUAUAUUCUUCUACCUCUUUAUUCAAUAGUAUCUUCAUGAUAUAGCGUCAUCUUUAUAUAGACAUUUUAGAUUCAAAGAAUGAAUCAACAGAUACAUUUUUCUCGUUUCCUGAUUAGUAAUUGGUGAAAUAUACAUAUCAUAAAGAAAUACUGAAAUCGAUAAAUGUUUUCAAAUUUUAAAACAAUAUUUUAACCAACACUCGAUCUAUUUUCGUCAGAUUUGGCUACUCAAUAUCCGUUUAUAUCCAGGUCGAACAGUACGAUCUGUAUACGACCGUUUGCUCUUAAUUUACGACGCGAAAACGGCCGUAUUACUGCGUCCUGUAUUACGGAAAAAAACGGCCAGUUUACGGACCGUAUCAAUCAAAGUACGGUUAAAAUACGGAUAGCCGUAUCGGUUGACCUCAGUAAAUGAUAUCAUUAAACGUGCGUUAAUUAUUACCAAUCACGAUCAGUUUCAACAUCAUGUUCAAAAUGAAUUGUGUGCUCAAGUUGUCAAAAGUCGUACAAGAGAUUGUAAUGAAUUACAACAAUUUGUUCAAGAAGCAUGUACUCAACUGAAAUUACAAAUCAUCGGGUUGCGUCUAGAUGUACAUGAAAAAUCGUCGAUUGCUACCAAUAAAUAUAAUGUUGAUUUAAAUUUUAUUAGCACGUUGUUUGAUAUCGAUAAGUUGAAAGUGAUCCAUGACAUUAGUCAACUGAAAAUUAAAUUGAAUAGUCCACUUGAAGCUGAUCAACAAACAAAAACUAUAUGUCAUGCUGUUCCAAUUAGCUCAAAACUUCAAAAGCUUCGACGAACUGAUUCGGAUUCCUCAUUAUUGUCAAGUAACCUCACCAGUAGCACAUCCUCCAUUGAUUCAGAUGAUUUACAUAAUAUCGAUCCAAAAGAUCCAAAUGUUUUGUAUCCACCAUACUACUUGCCUCCUCCAGGUUUCAUUCCCAGUACUCCAAAUUCGACAAUGUCAGAAAAUGAUGAUGAUGGCACAGAAGCAUUGGCGGCGGAGCCUAUAGGCUGGGUGAGACUUGAGCCUCGCCCGUUUUUGGCUUCUGUAGGCUCAGCCUCGGUCAAAUUUUGA